UGGCGGCCGCAACGAUCCUGGCGAUGGCGGUGGAGCCCAUCAGAACAUAGUGGCGGGGAAGGGGGCACAGUCCGCACUCACGGUGGCGUCGGCAGCGACGGCUGAGGGUGGUGGAGGGAAGAAAAGCGACGGAGAGCAAAAGGAAGGGCAGGCAGGCAAACAACUCGGCGUAGAACCGAGCGCCGGCUCGAGCGAAGGCAGAGGGCCAGAACAGUGGGGAUGGCGGAGCCACGCAGAGUAGCGUUUAUUAGCCUGUCACCGGUGAGGCGGCGCGAGGCCGAGUUCCCGGGGGCCGAACGUGAGCCCGACUACCCUCGCGAGCCCCCCCGACUGGAGCCGCAGCCGUACCGGGAGCCGGCCCGGGCGGAGCAGUCGGCCCCGCGGGAGGUUGCCCCCCGGUCGGACGCGCAGCCCCCGCCGCGGGAGAAGCAGCUACCCCAGCGCGAGGUCAGCCGCGCCGAGCCGACCAUGUCGCUGCAGCGCGAGCCCCCUAGGCCCGAGCCGCCGCCGCCGCCGCCGCCGCUCCCGCAGUUGCACUUGCAGCCGCCUCCGCCGCGGGAGUCGGCUUCCCGGGCCGAGCCGCAGCAGAGGCCGCCAAAGGAGACAGUGCGCCUGGAACUGGUGCUCAAGGAUCCCACCGACGAGAGCUGCGUGGAGUUUAGCUACCCGGAGCUGUUGCUGUGCGGAGAACAACGGCAGAAGAAGCCCGUUUACAUGGAAGACCCGUUCAAUGAUGAUCAUCAAGAGAGGCAAGAAGUGGAAAUGUUGGCCAAGAAGUUUGAAAUGAAAUAUGGUGGGAAGCCCCGUAAACACCGGAAGGAUCGGCUACAAGAUUUAAUCGAUAUAGGCUUUGGCUAUGAUGAGACAGAUCCAUUUAUUGAUAAUUCAGAGGCUUAUGACGAAUUAGUUCCUGCUUCUCUAACAACAAAAUAUGGAGGCUUUUAUAUCAACACUGGCACUCUCCAGUUUCGCCAAGCUUCAGAUACUGAAGAAGAAGAAAUUACAGACAACCAAAAGCACAAGCCACCCAAAAUUCCCAAAAUGAAAGAAGAUGAUAUUGAGAUGAAGAAGCGGAAGCGGAAAGAGGAAGGGGAAAAGGAGAAGAAGCCAAGGAAAAAAGUACCGAAACAACUGGGAGUUGUGGCUCUAAAUUCACACAAAUCUGAAAAAAAGAAGAAACGUUAUAAAGAUUCUCUUUCUCUAGCUGCCAUGAUAAGAAAAUUUCAAAAAGAGAAGGAUGCAUUAAGGAAGGAGUCUAACCCUAAAGUCCCAGUGAACUUCUCAACCUCCUCUCUGCAUAAAACCCCCUCUGCUGCUGUGGCAUUGGGAAAUGAUGUCUCGGACUUAAAUCUGAAUAGUGCUGAUCCGGACCUCCCCAUUUUUGUUAGCACAAAUGAACAUGAACUGUUUCAGGAAGCUGAAAAUGCCCUAGAGAUGCUAGAUGAUUUCGACUUUGACAGAUUACUGGAUGCUGCUUCUAAUGGUAGCCCCCUCUCUGAGUCAGGAGGAGAGAAUGGAAACACCACCCAGCCAACCUAUGCCUCUCAAGUUAUGCCCAAGGUGGUACCUACACUCCCAGAGGGUCUGCCUGUCCUUCUUGAAAAACGUAUCGAAGACCUCCGUGUAGCUGCCAAACUUUUUGAUGAAGAAGGAAGGAAAAAAUUCUUUACACAGGAUAUGAAUAAUAUUCUUCUGGACAUUGAGUUACAGCUGCAGGAACUAGGCCCUGUCAUUCGUAGCAGUGUCUACUCCCACCUUGAAGCUUUUGUGCCAUGCAAUAAAGAAACACUGGUAAAACGUCUAAAGAAGUUACAUCUCAAUGUCCAGGAUGAUCGUUUAAGAGAACCUCUGCAAAAACUGAAACUGGCUGUUAGCAAUGUCAUGCCUGAACAGCUAUUUAAAUACCAGGAGGACUGCCAGGCUCGUAAUCAAGCUAAGUGUGCCAAGUUUCAAACAGAUGAAGAACGAGAAAAAAAUGGAUCUGAGGAAGAUGAUGAUGAGAAACCAGGGAAACGUGUCAUAGGACCAAGGAAGAAAUUCCACUGGGAUGACACCAUUAGAACUUUGUUAUGUAACCUUGUUGAGAUCAAAUUGGGAUGCUAUGAGUUAGAGCCAAAUAAAAGCCAGUCUGCUGAGGAUUAUCUUAAAUCCUUUAUGGAGACAGAGGUGAAACCAUUGUGGCCUAAGGGCUGGAUGCAGGCAAGAAUGCUUUUUAAGGAAAGUCGGAGUGUACAUAAUCAUCUUACUUCUGCUCCGGCAAAGAAAAAGGUGAUUCCUGCACCUAAACCCAAAGUGAAGGAGUGUAGUCCAAAAAAGGACCAGAAAACUCCUGCAUCCUUGGUGGCUUCAGUUGGUGGCCCUUCAACGAGCUCUAGCACAUCUGCUGUGGCCUCCACCAGUUCUAGCUCUACACCAGCCCAGGAGACGAUCUGCCUUGAUGACUCACUAGAUGAAGAACUUUCUUUUCAUCCACCUGCACUGGAUCUUGUUUCUGAAGCUUUAGCUGUUAUCAACAACGGGAACAAGGGCCCUCCAGCUGGCUCAAGGAUAAGUAUGCCAACUGCAAAACCUCGUCCAGGACUGAGAGAGGAAAAAUUAGCAAGUAUCAUGAGUAAACUGCCACUGGCUACUCCCAAAAAACUAGAUUCUACUCAGACCACACAUUCAUCAAGUCUUAUUGCUGGCCACACAGGGCCAGUACCAAAGAAACCCCAGGAUUUAGCUCAUACUGGCAUCUCUUCAGGCCUUAUUGCUGGUUCUUCAAUUCAGAACCCUAAAGUUUCCUUAGAACCUUUGCCAGCCAGGCUACUUCAACAAGGACUACAGAGGUCAAGCCAGAUUCACGCUUCUUCCUCUUCACAGACCCACGUCUCCUCUUCUUCCCAAGCCCAAGUUGCUGCCUCCUCUCAUGCUCUGGGAACAUCAGAGGCCCAAGAUGCUUCUUCGUUAACACAAGUAACAAAGGUGCACCAGCAUUCAGCUGUCCAACAGAACUAUGUGUCUCCAUUACAAGCAACUAUUAGUAAAUCACAGACCAAUCCAGUGGUGAAAUUAAGUAAUAAUCCCCAACUUUCCUGUUCAUCCCCACUUAUUAAGUCUUCAGAUAAGCCACUUAUGUACCGCCUUCCCUUAUCUACUCCCCAACCUGGAAAUGGUUCUCAAGGGUCCCACUCCCUGGUUUCUAGGACAGUACCUAGCACCACUACCUCCAGUAACUAUUUAGCCAAGGCGAUGGUGUCACAAAUCUCCACGCAGGGUUUCAAAUCUCCCUUCUCAAUGGCUGCAUCCCCAAAACUUGCCGCAUCUCCGAAACCUGCCACGUCUCCUAAACCCUUACCCUCACCUAAGCCUUCUGCCUCACCCAAGCCCUCUCAGUCAGCUAAGCCUUCAGUAUCAACUAAACUUAUUUCUAAAUCCAACCCAACUCCCAAACCUACUGUAUCCCCAAGUUCUUCCAGUCCAAAUGCACUAGUGGCCCAGAGUAGCCACUCUAGCAGUAACAACCCAUUCCAUAAACAGCCCAGUGGAAUAAACAUCAGCAGACAGUCUCCCACCUUGAAUUUAUUGCCCUCUAAUCGCACUUCAGGCCUUCCAUCUACAAAAAAUCUUCAGGCCCCUCCAAAGCUAACAAACUCAUCAUCCACUGGAACUGUCGGCAAGAAUAGCUUGAGUGGAAUUGCAAUGAAUGUACCGGCCAGCAGAGGUAGCAACCUUAACUCAAGCGGAGCUAAUAGGACUAGUCUAUCUGGGGGAACAGGAAGUGGAACACAGGGUGCUACUAAACCGUUGUCUACUCCACAUAGACCAUCCUCUGCCUCAGGGUCGUCAGUGGUAACAGCCAGUGUGCAGUCCACAGCAGGAGCAUCAUUAUUGGCUAAUGCCUCACCUCUGACUCUCAUGACAUCACCUUUGUCUGUAACAAAUCAAAAUGUGACUCCUUUUGGGAUGCUGGGUGGCCUUGUUCCAGUGACCAUGCCCUUCCAGUUUCCCUUGGAGCUACUUGGCUUUGGAACGGACACAGCUGGAGUGACAGCCACCUCGGGAUCUACCUCAGCCGCUUUCCACCAUAGCCUAACUCAGAAUUUACUAAAGGGUUUACAGCCAGGAGCUCAGCAUGCAGCAACACUUUCCCACUCACCUCUGCCUACACAUUUACAGCAAACAUUUAAUGAUGGAGGCCAAAGUAAAGGGGACACUAAAUUACCGCGGAAGUCUCAGUGACUUCCAGCAAACAAAGGAGAUGACACACUCGGCUGGCUGAUGGAAUCUACCUGAUGGAAAAGUACUCAUGUGGUCAUAGGGCUGCUGUUCUGUCGAUGUUUACAUUCUCUCGUCCCAAGCACUGUGGUGAGGAGGAAAAAGAAAAGAAAACAUGACUUGAGUAAAGCCAGGUGCAGGAGGAAGAAAUGCUUUCGUGCAAAGUUAGUGACCUUUGGUCUCUUCUAAAGAAAGACAAAGUUACCAUAUUAACUGACUUGAAAGAGACUCAGUUGUCAAACCCACAGAAAUACAAAUUUGAUUUUUCCCGGGGGAGGAAGAAGGAAAUUGAGGAUUUGGGUAAACUCCAUCCAUCCUGGGGGUUGGAUCUGAACACUUGUAGACAUAAUUGCAUAAUAAAAGACAAUAUAUCUGAAAUUAGGCCAGUUUGUCAGGAGUAAUGAUCAUGUCUGGGUGGACUGUGCAGCAAAUUUGCCACAAAAAAAGUUAAUGACCCUAUGUCUGAUACAGACAGUAGCUGAGUAUAAAUCGUGUACCCUCAAAAAUCCUGAACAAACUUGAAUCUUCUCCAGUGUGUAGCAACUCCUAUGUAAGUCAGUGGACUAAAGAUGCUUCAGGAAAGUCAUUUUAGCACAGUGAUAUAUAUUACAUUUUUAAGUCAAAAAAUUGAGCCCGUUGCUCUUAACAGACAAAACUUAGAUGUUCCCUUUUUGUAAAAGGGUCAAUUACAUCUUCCAUUCAGAAGCAGGUACUUAACUCUCUUCUUCAGGUGAUUUGUGCAUCUGGUAUUGACUGGUUAAUUCUUAUUUCCAUUCUUGAUGUUAAAACGUGACUGUGUUCACAUUUUCCUCUUUGAGAAAUGGGGAUCUUUGAUACAGGGCUGUGGCUUUGGUCCACUUAGCCUUUGCAGGCCUGCCAGUAUGAACUGUAAAUUUCCCCCAACAUCACCUCAGGUUCACAACGUCUCCUUCUGUUCUUUUAGCUAGUGGUAUUUCAGGUGAUUAUUAACGAUUGAUAUAAACAAGUAUAAGUGUGCAUUACAAUGCUUCCUCAUUGGUCAUUCAAAUGGCAUAUAUGUAUUUUUUUUGGAAUUUUGAAGAUAAUAUUUUAAAGGGAAGAAUUAAAUUAGGAUCAUUAUGUGUACAGGGGAUUAUUUUUAUAACGAUCAUAGUGUAUUUUUACUCCCUAUAUCCAGUGUAGUGAAAUUGAUUUGGAGCAUUUGGGAUUUUAAAGCUUUACUAAUAUUUACUCAGUAUUGAUAUAUGAGUAAACCUGCAGAUAAUAAGACUCCGUUAUUACAGCUUCCUCAUGCAAAUAGCAUAUUCAACAAAGGACGUUAAGGGAGAAAUUUAUGGUUAUGUUUGGAUACAUUUUGUUUGGGUUUUUUUCACUUCAUCAUUGUUCUAGUCUCUCUUUUUUCUUCCUAUUUAGGCUUCUGAAUGUUUUCAAACUGUACUCAAGAAUAGUGUAAGCUUGAUCCAUUAACAAUGACAGACUAACCUAAAAAAACCAGCAUCAGAUUGGUAGUAGCAAGAUUCCUUGCAUAUGUUUUCAUUACAAAUCAUCCUGUUACGUUUACUCAGAUAAGGGUAUUAACCAGGCCCUUUUUUUACUUUCAUGAGCAGAAGUUCCAAAUAGCUUUAGGACUGUGAAUAAAUUAGCACAGAUCUCUUUAGAUCUGUAAGCCUGUAUUUGGACUUCAGAGUCACAUUGGCUUGGUUAUAGCAAAAAAAAAAAAAAGUUAAUAACUGAAAUCUUUAGUUCUAAGAACUUGUUACAGUAAGAGGAAAGGAUUAUUUCAAAGGAAUCAUUGAUAUAAUUACUUGCCUCUAAGAAUUUAGUUUACCGGUAAAGCAAAUAAGAAUGUUGUAUCAACCCUGGUGGAUAUUUUGGAAGGAUAUUGGGAUGGUGCAGAUAGGUUUGACUUGAA